AUGGUUGUCGCCCUUCACCGCAGCAGCUUUUUGAGUAGAUACAAGAUUAUGAGAGACAUGAGGGCGGCACGCGUGUCUCAGGCUGCCCCUUCCUCCUGUCACGUUGGCGAUUUCCCCCGCUCAGCUACAGUAUGGUACAAAAUUGUAUAUUACACGUGUACAGUGCGAUCCCAACGACCCUCCCUCCACCACCACGGCGUCAUCUCUUUCGGACCCUCUUCGCGCGCUGGGCCAGGGCGAGCCUCGUCCUCUCCGCGCGCUCCUCCUGCUCCUGCCUUGAAGCGAGAUCGAAGGCAGACACGGCGUGGUCCAUGA